GAGGAGCGGGAGGCGCUGGCGGCGGAGCUGCGGGAGCUGCAGCGGGGCAGCGGGACGGAGCUCCCCGGGAUGAGCCAGCGGAGCGAGGAGCUGCGCACCGGCCGGGAGGAGCGGAGGAGGAAGGUUGCUGAGCAGCUGCUGUAUGAGCACUGGAAGAAAAACAAUGCAGAGCUCCGGCAGGUGGAGUCAGAGCUGCACAGGAAGCACGUGAUGGAGGCUUGGGGUGACCAGGUGAUGCAAAAAAAACAGCAAGAAGCAGCUGAACUUGAAGAGAAAAAACGUUAUGAAAACAAGUAUGAAAUUGCGCGAAGGGAAGCGCUGGAAAGAAUGAGACAAGAGGAAGAGAAGCGUCGGCUGGAAGAGAAGAAGCAAGCAGAGACAUUGCUUCAACAAAUAGAAGAACUGAAAUUACAAGAGACAGAGACAACAAAGCUGAAAAAAGAACGGCAGAAUUUAUUAAAGCAGCAGUGGGAGCUGGAGAACUUGGAAGAAGAAAGGAAACAAAUGGAAGAGCAGCGGAAGAAGAGAGAGCUUGGUCGCUUUUUGAGGCACCAGUGUAAUGCCCAGUUAAAGAGACGAGCCCAGCAGAUACAAGAGGAGCUGGAGAUAGACCGGCAAAUCUUAUUAGCCCUCCUGGAGAAAGAAGAUGAGGAUCAGCACCGCCAGUCCGCCCGACGAGAAAAAGCCAUGGCAGAUGUUGCCUGGAUGAAACGUGUCAUUGAGGAACAGCUCCAGUUAGAAAGGGAGAGGGAGGCAGAGCUGCAGGUUAUGUUCAGUGAAGAAGCUAAAAAAGUGUGGGAGAAGAGGGAAGAAGAAUGGGCAAGAGAGAAGGCAGCCAGAGAUCGCCUAAUGAAUGAGGUCCUUGCAGGCAGGCAGCGCCAGAUCCAAGAGAAGAUGGAGUUAAACAGACGAGCCCAAGAAGAGUCUAUAAAGUAUCGAGAGCAGCUGAUUAAAGAACUUGAAGAGGCAAAAGAACUGAGCAGGCGAGAGAAGGAGAGGGAGGAGGAGCUGAAGACAGCCCGGAGGCAGGAGCUGGAGGCACAGAUAACCGAGCGCCGCUUGCAGGAACAGGAGGAGCAGCAGCGCCAGAGGGAGGAGGAAGAGGAGGAGAGAUCAGGGCAGCAGCACAGCCAGGAGUUAGUGCGGCAGGAGGCCAAGCGCAUGGCUGAGCGCGGGGACCAGGACAGGGUCUACAGAUAUCCAAAAGCAGCAUGGACCUGAGGAUUCCUGUCCUUUGCACCUGAAGAACGAGCACUAAAGGCAGCUGCAGAGUACAGAAAGGAAACUUCAAAGAAUCAAGGAAUUCCUGAAAUAAUGGUGGCUUUGGAAUAGCCUACAAUGACGUCAAGACUUGACUCAGUAGAUUUCUGAAAAUCCUUAGCUGUGUCCCAGCUGAACACAAGAGCAAACUUCUACUGGCUUCAAGAAUGGAGAGGCAUCAGCAUCCUUGGAGGACUGCAUGGUUCCACCUGCCUGUGUUUGGGAGUUGUGAUGUUGUAUUUUAAAAGUACAUGCUACACUGGGGCGACACAGCAAGUGAAGGGGCCCUUUGAUCUAAACCAUGAAAGAAUCUGUGUGUCCCAUGGAACUAUCAACCACUACCUGCUGCCUUUGCUAUUUAAGCAUCAGGCUCCCACCUCGGGGAAGCAGGACAUGCCAAGAGGCCCAGCUGGCUUUUAGCAGCUAUAAAAUCAUAGAAUCCUUUGGGUUGAAAAGACCUUUAGACUUAAUUCAUAACGCAUUGCAGAUCAGCAAGAUAAAUAACCUGGGCUGCAGCAGUAAUUCUUAACAUGGCCCGUUCCUCUCCAGAAGGUGCUGAAGACUUCAUUAACUUUUUUUUCUUUUAAACUUGUUUCAUAAAUAAUGAAUAAUUGCAACCUGA